ACACUUACGUCUUGUAUGACGAGUAACGACUUGCGUCUUCCCACUCCCACGUCUUUCUCAAGUCCAACUCGAAUCCCCCACCUUUAUCCAGUCCUGCAAGAAAUCGUGCAGAUACGUGCGUCACGCACCCUCUCGCUCGCCAGGCGGCUGCUCCUCAGUCGACGAGAACUGUCGGCGUCGUGCCAGCUCAGCCAUUGUCCGGACACUCGUUGCACUUCCAACACAGCCCUGCAAGGAAAUACGACAACAACAACAAACUGGAAAAAGGAAAAAAAAACAGCGACUACGCGUGACGUCAUUUGGGGACACUUUCUACUUUGCGCUUUCCUCUUUCAAGAGCAGCAAAUGCGAUUGCGGCCACGAAUUCUCUUAGCUGGAUCUUUCCGUCAGCUAGUUGACUUGCUGCCCUCAGGGGGGCGCCAGAGGACUCCAAAGGCAAACACAUCAGGAAUCACCUGGGUGCUGGUGUACCGCACGGACAAGUACAAGCGGCUCAAGGCGGAGGUGGAGAAGCAAAGCAAGAAAUUGGAGAAGAAAAAGGAAGCCAUCACAGAAUCGGCAGGACGUCAGCAGAAGAAGAAGAUCGAAAGGCAAGAAGAGAAGCUCAAGAACAACAACAGAGAUUUGUCCAUGGUGCGCAUGAAGUCCAUGUUUGCCAUCGGUUUCUGCUUCACGGCUUUGAUGGGCAUGUUCAACUCCAUUUUCGACGGGCGCGUGGUGGCCAAGCUGCCCUUCGUGCCGCUGUCGUACGUUCAGGGCCUGUCGCACCGCAACCUGCUGGGCGAGGACUACACCGACUGCUCUUUCAUCUUCCUCUACAUCCUCUGCACCAUGUCCAUCCGACAGAACAUCCAGAAGAUGUUGGGCCUGGCUCCCUCCAGGGCGGCCACCAAGCAAGCGGGGGGCUUCCUGGGCCCCCCUCCCCAGGCCGCCAAGUUCUCCUAAAAACCCUCCCGUCUCACGGAAAAGACGUCCGUCGCUUGAAAAUGACCAGGGUUGUUUUUUGCCUAUUUUAUUCACGGAUCCAUUACCAGUAUUAAUGAUUGACUUCUAUGUCCUUUCUUACAUUGAAAUGAAGUUUUAUGGGUACGUUUUAGUUGUCAUUAUUUGAGCAUCACUGUUUCAGCUUCGACUGUCGGUGACUACCGGAGCCGCGUUUCAACGCGGAACGGGUCGGGCUGUCAAAUUGUCAGUCCUGGGCCGCAAGCUGGAAAUGUAUUAUCAUCAUGUUAGCAACACGCAAAGUUGAUAUUAUUUCAUUUAAACAACUCAUUUAAUUUGAUGUCAUGGAAAAAAUCGGGACAACAAUUCCUCAAAUGAUGUAACAAAGGGAUUUGGUCGCGAUAAGUGUUUGUAAUGUAAAGUGAUGAAAAUAUUGCAUUGUGGUACAGAUCUGAGAUGUUCAAUGAUGUAUUACAUCAAUACGAUGGUGAAAAAUGGAAUAUAUAUAAUUGACAAAAUUA